GUGUUUUUCCCGCCCUGCGCGUCACUAGCUGUCUGACUGAUGGAUUUCAGCUAGCGAUGGAUACUUACAUCAGCUGUGAGAGGCUUUGACAGAGGGGAUUUGGCUGGUUUUGGACACAGAGUCCAGUGGGCAGACAUGGUGAGGCACAGCAUAACGACGGAGUUGCAAACCUUCCAGCAGUCUCUCCAGGAGAAGUCCCUGGCUGUGGGCCAAGUAGGGCAGAGCUGCGGGGGAACUCAGGAGAACGGGGUCGCUUCAGAGGAGAGACAGCACCUUUCACAGGGCCCAGCAGAAAUUGAGAAAAGCCAGCCAGUGAAUAUCCCAGAUGCAGCUAAAAGAAAGAAGAAGAAAAGAACUAGAGCAACAGACAGCUCCACAGGCACUUUUGAUGAUCUGUACAAACUGACGGAUGAGGUGCUCGGUCAGGGGGCUUAUGCUAAAGUUCAAGGAUGCAUAAGUCUGCAGAAUGGACAGGAGUUUGCUGUGAAGAUCAUAGAAAAGAGUGCAGGGCACAGCCGCAGCAGAGUCUUUCGAGAAGUGGAGACUCUCUACCAGUGUCAAGGAAACAACAACAUUUUGGAAUUGAUCCAGUUCUUUGAAGACAGCUCCUGCUUUUAUUUGGUCUUUGAAAAGCUGCGUGGCGGCUCCAUUCUUACACACAUCCAGAACCGGAAGUACUUUGAUGAGCUAGAGGCCAGUAAAGUGGUCAGAGACAUUGCCCAAGCUCUUGAUUUCCUACACACUAAAGGCAUUGCCCAUAGAGACCUUAAGCUGGAGAACAUCCUUUGUGAAUACACAGAUCGGGUGUCCCCAGUAAAGAUCUGUGAUUUUGACUUGGGAAGUGGAGUGAAGCUUAGCAGUGCCUGUACGCCCAUAACGACUCCAGAGCUCACCACACCGUGUGGCUCAGCAGAGUACAUGGCCCCAGAGGUAGUGGAGGUGUUCACUGAUGAGGCCUCGUUCUACGACAAACGCUGUGACCUAUGGAGUCUCGGGGUCAUCCUCUACAUCCUGCUGAGCGGCAGCCCCCCCUUCACAGGCCACUGUGGCACCGACUGUGGCUGGGACCGGGGAGAAACCUGCAGAACGUGCCAGAGUCACCUGUUUGAGAGCAUCCAGCAGGGCAAGUAUGAAUUUCCAGACAAGGACUGGGAUCACAUCACCCAGGGGGCCAAGGAUCUCAUAUCUAAGCUGUUGGUUCGGGACGCAACUCUGCGCCUCAGUGCUGCUCAGGUCCUCAAGCACCCUUGGGUGCAGGGGAAUGCUCCAGAGAGAGGUCUUCCAACUCCUCGUAUUCUACAGAGGAACAGCAGCACUAAGGACCUGACCCAGUUUGCAGCAGAAGCCAUCGCCUUUAACCGGCAGCUCUCCCAUCACGACGAGCAGCAGGAGGAUGUCGGAGCCAUCGUCUGCUCCAUGAGGCUUUCUCCUCCUUCCAACUCCAGACUGGCCCGCAGACGGGCGCAGUCCAACGCCCUGCGCACCACGGACUUCGCACCCGCUUCGGACGACCUCACAGCCUAAAGAGUGUGUGUGUGGCCUUGUAGCCUCAGAAGAGACUAACUGUUAUUGGUGUAAACGCUCUUUCCCAUGGCCAGUAAUCUUAUCACCAAGAGAGAGUUUAAGCACCAAGGGGACAGUUAAUCGUCGGCUACCACCUCCUAAUUGAAAACAUAGUUGAAACUCCUGAGAUUUGUCCAGGAAACGUUUUUUUUAAGCUGCCUGAGUUUUAAACAACAACAGUUUUAUUUGAGAGUAGCUUUGGGUUUUCUUUUACGCUUAGUCUUAACAGAGUUGUUUAUUUUCUGUCCAAUGAUUUUAAGAUUUACAAUGACCCCAAUACCGCUCUUAAUGCCAGCAGUUUCUAUUCUAUUGAUCUAUUCGAUAUCUAAACCGUACAUAUCAUGAGCAACACAGCAUUACGUUGGCUCAGCACAGGUUUGCAGCUGUUGCUGUGCUAAUGCAAUAUUAUCUAAUUUUGAUAUUAAUAUUUUAUGUAAAUGUUUCUCAGUCACUGGAGGAAAGGGAUGAGUUAUCUUUUAUGUUUGCUUUUUUAUUUUUCAAGCAUGUCAGUGUAUGUGAUUUGAAGUGUGUGGGUGUACUUACUUGUUUUUUUUAGUUGUUUUUUUAAGUCUUUCUUGUCGAUGCUACGUAAAACUUCCAGAAAGUGCAAGAAUGUGAAUGGACGUUGAAGUUAGAGGAGCCCCUUUGAUCAAAUAGUUUUGUAUUUCCUUCCAAUUCUAGCUUUCACCUCAACACAAGUUACCUGUAGCACUGAUGUACUUUAAAGUAAGUCACUUAUUUAGUUUUUCUGAAAGGGAGAAUAUUAUAUCGUAAAUAAUCAGUUUGGUCUAACAAUGUGAAAUCCACACCUGCAGUAAUUAUUUUUUAAGGUGGUUUUAACAACUUUUUAUCCUCAUUAGAAUCUGACAUUAGCUAUUUUUUUUUGCACCAUGUCUUUGCACAUUUGUUACUGUACCAAUGUAACCCCAUCCCAAAAAGACUUAGUCUUAGUUCCUAAUUGUCUUAUUGAUUUGAUAUGUCAGAGUGUUUUUAGUGUGAAUGACUUGGAUUUUGCAGAAUUUGUUUUGGUUGUUAUGUCGCUAGUAAGACCUAAAGAGGUUGUAUGUAUAGUAAUGUUACACUUUGUAGUAAGAUAGAGGAUUCCAAACGGGUUGAAAGGGAUUUAUUUUUAUACAAGUAUUUGUAUAUUUAGUUUUAUAGUUUUGGUUCUGUGACUGGCUCUGCAUGCGCCAAGGGAAAGAAUAAUGGACUAACCAUGCUAAGACUUCUUAAGUCCAUCAACUUCAUUUUUUUGAUUUUUUUUUUUUUUUUUUUUUUUUUUUUUUUUUUUUUUUUUUUAAAAGAGACCUCUUUUUUUUUUUUUUUCUCUCAUUAUGGACCCCGUCAAUGUGUGAAUGGGGUCACCGAUGGCAGUCUGUCACCUCUGUUUUCCCCUAACCCUAUUAACUUCAUGUGUUUCCCGCUUAAUGACACAUCCCCUGAUUUCACACUGUUGCCAUGGACACCCCAUCCCUAUAGCAACAAAGGUCCUUCAUAGGCUGGAAGGAAUUGUCAGAGAUUUGCUCAGAGCGAAUACACGCACAUUAUCCAACCGCUUGCUACAUUUAAGCCCUCUCUCUCCCGUUAUGAAUCAUAAAAGGACUUGUUUGUUUUCCCCCCCAUCAUUAUGUAAUGGCAUCAAAUGAGAUACAGUAAUUUGGGUGCAAUUAUGGACUCUUAUGGGGUCUAACACAUAAAGCUCUGUGUGGAGCAUAUUUUCACUGGCAUGCUGUGUUCUCAAUAAAAAUAUCCUUAACAUCUGUCUAA